UCAGUCAAGAAGGAAGACCCAUAAACUAGCGUAUUCGGACUACGAGAGAGCUUUUCAAUUUCAUUUACAAAAAUGGACACAGGGAAACAACCAGCUGUUACUCAGCCAGCUCCUCCAGCUUACCCAGGUCCAUCAGGAUAUGAAACAAAGCAGGCAGGAGGUUAUCUAGUGCAACCCGGGUAUCCAGUGCAGCCGGUAGUGCAAGGUCAACCACCAGGGACGACCAUCAUCCACACACAGCCUGCUCAACUUCUGGUGGGCAUGGGGUUCUAUGAAAACCCUGUGGCCAUGACUUGCCCUUAUUGUCAGGCUAGCAUUGUUACAGCCACUACAUACGAGCCUGGCUCGUUGACUUGGAUCGCUUGUGGUGGUGUGGCGCUUAUGGGUGGUUGGCUUGGCUGUUGUCUGAUUCCAUUCUGUAUCGAUGCCCUGAAGGACGUUCUCCACAACUGUCCUAACUGCAAACACCAAGUGGGUGUCUACCGCCGGGUGUAACAGCACACUGGAACAUUUUAACCUUUAUAGCUUGUCACUUAAUCAGCAUGCACAUUUUGUGGAAAUAUUUUCUUUGGCAAUGCACUUAUAGCAGUAGCUAAAAUGAGUUUCAGAAAUGUUUAUUUAUACAUACCUUAACAAACGCAUUUUUUAAAAUUUAAAUGGAAAAAAAAAAAAACAGGAAAAAAGAUACUGUGCCAAUUACGUUUUCUAUGAUUGCUUAUUUUGCAAAAGUUGUGCUUUCUUUUUUUGUUAAUCAAUAUAACCUGUUGAUUAAUGCUGCUUAGCCUGAGCAGUAAGCAUUCCCGUACGAGUGAACUACCGUCAUAACCUUCUAGUCAAGGCGAGAAUUAGG